AUGAUGCAGAACCAUCAAUCGCUCCCCAUUAGAGGCCCGUCUCAAACACGCUACUCCCUCCAGCCUUUUCAGUCACUUGAACACUCAAGGCGAACCAGCACCCUCACAGCGACUCCCGAGCGAGCGCCACCCGCCGAAGCACCCGCCGAAGUUCCGAUUGCCCAUAGGCAGGAUGCCGUACAAGAGACUGAGGGCUCGCCCCAGAGUAGGCAGACCGGAAGCCAGCACGAAGAACUAUCUGCCUUGCGGGACAGUCUCAAAGCGAAUGCGGAACAAGUGAUCGUCCACUAUAAGCGCAUCACCGAGGGAAAGAUUGCGCUGAUCAAGGAAAAGAAGGCGCUGGAUGAAAGAGAGACAAAGCUCAACUGGGACAAGGAAUUCUUAACUCAGAGAGAGAAGGAUGUAACCUUCCGAGAGCAAAACCUAGCCGCGGAAUGGAACAAGCUAAAUGAUCAACCGCGCUUGCUACAGGCCAGGGAGAGACGCAUCUACGAGACGGAACUCUAUCUCUACUAUGUAUCUAUAGGUCAAGUCGAGACGGAGACCGCCAUAGCUGAGCGAGAGCAAGAGAUAGAUGAGCGAGAGCAGGAGCUAUAUGAGCGAGAGCAGGAGCUAUAUGAGCGAGAGAAGGGGAUACAUGAACUAGGGAAGGAAAUUCGUCAACGAGAGAACUCCGUGUCCGAACGGGAGGGAAGGGUUAUCAAACGAGAGAACAACAUGUCCGAACGAGCGAACGACGUGUCCGAACGAGAGGAAAAGAUUUCCGAGCGACAUGGAGAGGUGCCAAACAGUGAGGGUCGCCGAAAGAGUAGGGCGUGGCUUCCUGUUGGAAGGUUGCCAACUGGGUCAUUACCACGUGAGCUCGCGGACUUUUGGUACAAGUAG